GCUUGUUGAUGAACCAAGACAUGGAUGGACAACCGGAGAACGCGUCCUCGUUGUUCCAAAACGACAGCAAUCUAGAGGACCACAAUGACAAGGUGUCGCUCACAGCUAAGGUGCCGUUAAGUUAUCAGAUAUCGACGUCUGUGCUGAUCGGAGCGCUGAUCCUGUGUUCGGUGUUUGGAAACGCGUGCGUCGUGGCGGCCAUAGCUUUGGAGAGGUCACUCCAAAACGUGGCCAACUAUCUAAUCGGGUCUCUUGCCGUGACGGACCUUAUGGUGUCGGUACUCGUCUUACCUAUGGCGUGUCUCUACCAAGUUUUGGACAAAUGGACACUCGGGCAGGUCGCAUGCGACAUUUUUAUCUCGCUGGACGUCCUGUGUUGCACGUCUUCGAUUUUGCAUCUGUGCGCCAUUGCGCUGGACCGCUACUGGGCCAUCACCGAGCCCAUAGACUAUAUGAAAAAAAGGACGCUGAAACGUGCGGCGGUUCUGAUCGGCGCUACGUGGCUGGUGGGCUUCUUGAUAUCCGUGCCACCCAUGCUGAUCAUGAAAUCGCAGCCCAAAAGCAAAGCAGAAGACAUGGCCAACCCCGAAGCGUGCGCGAUCAGCCACGACCCCUGGUAUACCAUUUACUCAACCUUCUGCGCUUUUUACAUCCCGCUCAUCCUCAUGCUCGUGUUGUACGGUCGCAUCUUUAAAGCGGCUCGGUUCCGUAUCCGCAAGACGGUACGCCGGACUGAGAAGAAAAAAGUCACGUGUCUGACCGUGUCCCCGGCGCUUUUUAAACGCGCUAAUGGAGAGCCGGGCAAAAGCUGGAGAAGCAGCGUGGAACCCAAGCCGGCGGCGUCGUGCGUGAACGGCGCGGUAAAGCACACGGACGACGGCGAGUCGGUGGAGAUCGUGGAGGUGCACGGCCAUUCAAAGCACGAGCUGCCGCUGCCGAACACGCCGAGCUCGGCGCCGCUCUUUGAGAACCGACACGAAAAGAACACGGAGGCAAAGAGGAAACUGGCGAUGGCGCGGGAGCGCAAAACCGUCAAGACGCUGGGCAUCAUCAUGGGCACGUUCAUCCUGUGCUGGCUGCCUUUCUUCAUCAAAGCCUUAGUGAUGCCCUUCUGCCCAACGUGCAAGAUGCCCGUGUGGUUACAGGACGUGAUCAAUUGGCUCGGUUACUCCAACUCGCUGCUAAACCCCAUCAUCUACGCGUACUUCAACAAGGACUUCCAGAGCGCCUUUCAGAAAAUCAUCAAAUGUCACUUCUGUCGAAAAUAGCGGUGGAUUGCUUAAUGGUACCCAGUUUGCUGAAUUGACCGGAAAAUCUUUAGUCAAACAUUCCUUCGGUGGGAUAAAGAAUGAUGACAUUUAUCCCGUGGUGGAAAUAGGUCAUUAUUCUCAUCGUUUAUCAUUUUUAUUAUAAAUUUUUUUCUGUUUUCAGAAAAGAUGUAUGAUACUGUGUAUAAAAGAACUCCAUGUACUGCUCAUGUCCAUUGGAAGCAUGAAUGUGUUCAUGCUUUGAAAUAAACUCGUAAAUGACUC